CUAUAAUCUGUUCGGCCUGCCUGAUGAGCAGCAUGUGACCUUGAUGACUAUUCAUCGGUAAGGAAAUCCAGCCCGUGAAAUGGCCGAGUCCCCAUCCACCAGUUUCGACAUGGAAAUGGCAUGAAAUAAUGGACCUAGGUGGCAACGUGUAACACCCACACUAAUCUGCCGUCUGCCUAUAUAAACCCCACUCUUUGCUUCUCACUCGUGUCCACUCUCUCCACUCCAUUCGCUUUGCUACUAGCUAACAGCAGCAGCAGCAGCAGGGUAGCUCCUCAGUCCAGUACGUCUCGGGUGAACAAGAUCAGCAGGUCGAUGGCGCUCUCUCGUCGCAUGACCGCGUCCGCCCUCCUGCUCUUCCUCCUCGUCGCCACAGAGAUGGGGACGACGACGGUCAAGGUGGCGGAGGCGCGGAACUGCCUGUCGCAGAGCCACAACUUCAAGGGCGCGUGCCUCAGUAGCAGCAACUGCGCCGCCGUCUGCCGCACGGAGAACUUCCCCGACGGCGAGUGCCACGCGCCGCACUACGAGCGCAAGUGCUUCUGCAAGAGGCCCUGCUAGGCCGCUCGCUCGUCCCGCCCUGCUGGCCAGCGCCGAGACACGUCCCAUGAUAGCUAGAUCAUCCGUGCCGUUAGCUAAUGAGCUUAUAUCUGUUCUGUUGGUCGGUGCGUCCAGGUUCGUCAGUCAGUCGUACUAGUUCUUAACUAGAUCAUCCGUGCCGUAACUAGUUCUGUUCUGUUCGUCGGUGUGUCCCUCUUAUAUUAGUAGUAGAACCAAUAAAGUAGAAAAUCAAUCGGGGUCUCGGUAGUUUACUUCGCUGUACGUCAUGUUUGUGCCUGAUUUGUGUGUGGUGAUGUAAUAAAUAUGUUCGUUGUUUCAGCAUGGAUGGACUUGUGCUGUUGUGCAAUGCA